UUCAGAGAAAUAAUGGACGAUAAAUCAAUGCUAGAAGUUUAUCCCAAUCCAAUUAUUUUGCAGAGUGAGGGCUUACUCAAGUAUAUACUAGAAACCAGUGUUUACCCACGAGAAGCAGAGACUCUCAAAGAGCUAAGGAAUGCAACCACAAAACAUCCUCUUGGCUUCAUGGGUGCUUCACCUGAUGUGGGGCAGCUGAUGGCGUUGCUCUUGAAACUUCUAAAUGCAAAGAAGACAAUCGAAGUAGGAGUUUUCACCGGAUACUCUCUUCUCCUCACUGCACUUAACAUUCCUCGUGAUGGAAAGAUUACAGCCAUAGAUCCGGACAGAAAAUCCUAUGAGAUGGGACUUCCAUUCAUAAAAAAGGCUGGUGUUUUACACAAGAUUGAAUAUAUAGAGUCUCUAGCUUUGCCAGUUCUUGAUAAACUCCUACAAGAUCCUGCAAAUGAAGGGACUUUUGACUUUGCCUUUGUUGAUGCUGACAAAAAUAACUACUUGAAUUACCAUGAAAGGCUUAUCAAGUUAGUUAAGAUUGGUGGAAUUGUUGCCUACGAUAACACACUUUGGGGAGGAACUGUUGCUUUGCCAGAAAUGGCAGUUUCAAAACCAAAGAGAGAUUGGAGAAGAUGUGCACUAGAUUUCAACAAAGCAAUUUCAAAGGAUUCUCAUCUGGAAAUUGCUUUGGUUUCAAUAGGUGACGGACUAACUAUCUGCAGGCGCGUUUGCUGAUUUGAUUUUAUUCCCAAUGUUGAGUUGUGAUCAAUAGUUCAAGUCAUAACAAAGCACGGUUUAG